AUGAGUAACGAAGAUAAGGAUAUAUUAGGAUCUGAUGUAGAUUCUAGUGAGAUACAAGAUGGGUUUUCAGAUAUAGACUCUGAUGAGUAUGAUAGUGAAAAUAUUAACUAUAAAGUACCUGAUAAUGAUACAUUUAAUGAUAUAAAUAUUAAUCUCAAACAAGAUGAGAAUAAUAUAUCUAGUCUGUAUGGACUUCGAAUAACAGGUGAAGAUCUAGAAACUAUAAAAACUAGAAUUAAAACUACAGUAGAUUUUUUGGAAUCAAGGCAAAAUGACAAUACUUCAAAUAGCAAUUUAAAGUAUGCAGAAUUAUCAAGAAGUGAAAUAUUGAGUAAAUUAGCAGAUGAUGUCUCACUUCUCUAUGGUUAUAAUGUAGAGUUAGCAGAAUAUCUAUUAAAUCUAUUUUCUCCAAAAGAAGCUAUAGAAUUUUUUGAUGCUAAUGAAAACCAACGACCUUUAACUAUAAGAACAAAUAUGCUUAAAACUCGUAGAAGAGAUUUAGCCCAUAAGUUAAUAUCACGUGGUGCAAAUGUAGAUCCAAUAGGAGAAUGGACAAAAGUUGGCUUAAUAGUUUAUUCAAGCAGUGUACCUAUUGGUGCUACACCAGAAUAUUUAUCAGGGUACUACAUGAUACAAAGUGCAUCUAGUUUGAUACCUGUAAUGGCAUUAGCACCACAACCAGGAGAGAAGAUAUUAGAUAUGGCAGCUGCACCAGGUGGUAAGACAACAUAUAUUGGACAAUUGAUGAAAAAUUCAGGUAUAUUAUAUGCAAAUGAUUUAAGAAGAGAUCGUUGCACAGCUCUAAUAGCUAACCUACAUCGCAUGGGAAUUUGUAAUAGUGUUGUGAUUAAUAUGGAUGGUAAAGAAUUAGGAAAAUAUUUACCAAAAUUAGAUAGAAUAUUAUUAGAUGCCCCUUGCACAGGUUUGGGUAUUAUUUCCAGAGAUCCUUCUGUUAAAGUUAAAAGAACAAUUAAAGAGCUUAAUGAAUACUCUCUACUACAAAAAGAGUUACUAAAAUCUGCUAUAGAUAUGAUUGAUGCCAAUAGUAAAACUGGAGGUUUUGUGGUUUAUUCUACUUGUUCCAUUUCAUUUGAAGAGAAUGAGGCUGUUGUUGACUAUAUAUUAAAAGUUAGAAAUGUUAAGUUGGUUCCACUAGGAAUUGAAAUAGGCUCACCUGGUUUAUCAAAAUUUAGAGAAAAUAGACUAAAUCCAACAAUUUCCAAAUAUUCUAGAAGGAUAUAUCCACAUAAAAAUAAUAUGGAUGGUUUCUUUGUUGCUAAAUUCAAGAAGAUAUCAAAUGAUAUUCCUAAGAAUAUAAAAAGAGAUAGAAACAAGACAAAUAAACAUGUAAAGACAUGGGGAAAAGAAAGAUGGACUGAACAGAUGCUAUCACAAAUUAGUUUGGAUAUAGAUGAGAAUAAAAAGAAUAAUAUUCACGUGACAUUAGAUAAUAAAGAUAGGAAAGUAGGACAAAUUCACGGUACUUCACAGUGUUCUAAAGUAUCUACAAAAAGGUCCAGAAAUAAACCCGGUAAAAGAGAUAGAAUGACACUAUUUUUAAGUAAAACUAAAAAGGAAGAUGUAAAUGGCGCCAAGAAACAGAAGAUAGUCAAAGCAUAG